AUGACUCCUUCAUGUUAUUCCAUUCUUAGAUUUUACAACACAAUCUUUUAAUUCUACCUUUUAAAAUGUUAACAAAAAAAAAAACAAAUUAAUCCCAAAUAACCUAUGCUGACACAAUUAGACACCAAAUAUCUUAGUCCUGUUUAAUUGUUUGAUACCAAAUACAUGAUCACUUUAAAAAUUAAAUCCCAACUAUUUGCAUAAAAUAAUUAUGUGAAUCCAUUUGUUGUGUAAAGAGCUCACAUCCCAAUCAUUUUUAUAACAGUGAAAGAAAUUAAAAAUAAAGCAACUUAUUUUCAUAUGUUGUUUGAACUAGCUCUUUAUUUUGUUCAGAAAUAUUAAAACGAUUCUUUCCCCAAAAACAAAUCUUGCAAAGAUAAUAAAUUAUAAAAAUAAUAUCCAAUUUUUCCUAAUGAUGAGAGGGACCUUGAAAAUAAAGAAGAACCUCAUGAUUCAAAAUGCAUGAGAAAAGCCUAAGUGAUACAAAACUAAUUGAUAUCCAAGUGUAAUGAAAAUCUGGCACAAUCAGUCUCCAUCUGA